AUGGAUGGAAGAUGGGAUAUACAAAAAUUUUAUAAAAUAGAAACUAAUAAUCUAACAACUCUUUUAAAUGAUAUAUCUUUAAAUGAUCAAUUGCUCGUUGUUCAGCAAUCAAUACUACCGAAAUUAAAUAAUUUAUUAACCUUUACUGAAUUAACAACUUUAACCCCUGUAAGAAAAAUAGUUAUAAUUAAUGAAAAAUUGCAACAGGAUUUAGAUGAUAUUUUAACUACAUUACCAAAUUUAGAAUUAAUUUUUCUAAUAGAUAUUAGAUUACAAUUAAAAUUAUCAAAUGAUUUAAUUGAAUUCAUAAAUAAACCAAUUGAAUCCUCAAAGAUAAACUUAACAUAUAAUAUAAUAUAUUGCACAGAAAGAACUCAAAGAACAAAUAUUUUAUCUCAAAAUAAUAAUACAGAUUUAACUAUUCCGCAUUUCAUUAGAAGUCAAUUAUUAAAUAAUCAAGAUGAUAAACCUUCCUCAUCAGAUCCUAUUAAAUUGUUUAAUUGGAAUAUUUUACCAACAUCGAAGUUAGAUAAAGAUAUUUUGGAUUGCAAUAUUCUAUAUGAUUCAAGUGGUGAAAAUUUAUAUUCUCCAAAGGUACUAUCAAUGCAAAGAACAAGUAGAAAUAUAUUGAUUGAUAAUUUAGUAAACUCAAUUACUUCUCUAUUAACUGAAACAGGUUCAGUAAUAACUAAUUCCAUUUCAAUUGGGUAUGAAUCAAAGAAUUUAAUCAAGGUUCUGAAAAAAAGAUUGUCUAUUGAUGAAAAUAGUCGAUCUCAAUUUAUUAAAGAAAGUAUCUAUACAGAUAAGCACUGUGGUAUUGAAACUGAUUUAAUUGUAUUUGAUAGAAUGAUAGAUCCAAUUACACCUUUGUUGACACAAUUAACUUAUUCUGGCCUUUUGGAUGAUAUUUUCGAAAUUUCUUCCAUUGAUGGAAAAUUAAAUGAUAAUGAAUCAACAAAAAUUGAUUAUUUUAAAGAUGAUAUCUGGAACGAGACAAAAUUCUUAAAUUUUGCUGGUUUAGGCCCAAAAUUAAAUAAAUUGGCUAAAGAAUUACAAGUGAAGUAUGAUUCAAGACAUGAAGCUGAAAGUGUGGGACAGAUAAAAGAUUUUGUAGAUUCAUUGGGUUCUUUACAAGAAAGACAAAAAUUGUUAAAUAUGCAUACAAAUUUAUCUUCAAAUAUAUUAGAAAAAGUUGAAAAAAAUGAGGGGACUCAUUUUAAUUCAAUUUUAAAUUUAGAACAAGAUAUUUUAAUGAAUACUAUCGAUAAUAGCUCCGCAAUUGAAGCAAUUUUAGAAUUAUUAUGGGAUGAUGAAACUUCAGCAAAUGAAGUUAUUAGAUUAAUCUGUCUUUUAUCAAUAAUCAAAGAUGGUAUUCGUGAUAAAGAUUUUGAAAUACUCAGAAAAGAAGUUAUUGAUAAAUUUGGCAUUGAAUAUUUAUUUAGUAUUGAAAGAUUAAAUGAAUUAGGUUUAUUUUUAGAUAAAACAAUGAUUAAUGAGAAACGUAAAAAAAAUUCAUUAGAUAAUAAUGAUUUGAAUAAGCAGGUAUAUUUUAAUAAACCAUACUCAAGUAUUUCAAAUUGGUUAAACACAUUACCAAUAGCAGAAGAUCCAAAUGAUAACGAGAAAUUGAUGGAUAUAAAUAAAAUGAAGAAUCCUUCCUUUGCUUAUUGCGGUGUUGUUCCAUUAACAACAAGACUUCUUGAGAUGUUUUAUGAUAGAUCUACUAUUUCUAAAAAUUAUUCAGCACAACAGCCAUUUAUUAUUUCAAAAGAACCUACUACAAUAGGUAUUGAAACAAUCUUUGAACAAAUUUAUGGUGACUCGAAAAUUAUAGAAAGUGAGCUUUGGAAUAUUAAAUUAAAAGGUGAAAAAAUUAAAAAAAGAGUGGUUAUUGGGCAAACAAAUAAAAAUGAAAAAGAAAUAUCCUUAGUUGUCUUUAUUGGUGGUAUUACUUUAGGAGAAAUCGCCACAAUUAAAUUUCUGGAAAAUAAAUUAAAUGAGAGGGGAAUUAAAAAAAGGUUUGUGAUAAUAUGUGAUGGUAUAUCAAAUUCAAAAAAAUUUUUAGGACCUGAGUUUUGA